AUGCCGGCACCACCAGAUGGGGGAUACGGCUGGGUCAUUGUGCUUGCGAUCUUCUGGAAUAACGCCCACCACUGGGGCAUUCUUUCCAGCUAUGGAGUCUUCAUGCAAUGGUUCCUCGCUCACCCCGACUACGUUUCCGGCACGUAUCUCGACUACGCGCUUAUCGGUGGAUUAGCAGCAUCGCAGUCCUGUUUGAUCGCCCCAUUUGCAACUACCGUUCACCACCGCUACGGAAUUAAGUUUUCGGUUGGCCUCGGCGUGUUGCUAGAAUUUGCCGCCUUGCUAGGUGCGUCGUGGAGUAAUAAGAUCUGGCACCUCUACCUCGGCCAAGGCAUCUGCUAUGGCUGGGGACUAGGGCUGCAAUACAGCUCAUCUACGUCAAUCAUCCCACAAUGGUUCACCAAGCGUCGGAGUCUGGCCGCGGGAAUUACAACUGCAGGUACAGGUACAGGAGGACUUAUCUAUUCCCUGGCGGCAAAUGCUAUGCUGGACCGCUGGGGACCCGGCUGGACGUACCGCGUCAUGGCAAUUUUUCAGGUGAUUGUAAGUUCAGUUUGUGUCCUGGCAUUGCGUGACAAUAAUCAAAAUGGUACGCCAACUGGAGGUCCUGAAUUGAAGGCCAUUGAUUUCGCAGUUGGCAAACGCUACGAGGUUUGGCUGUUCCUCGGGUGGAGCUUCUUCAGUGUGAUGGGCUUCAUGGUGAUAUGGUUCUCUCUCUCGACGUUCUCGCGCAGCAUCGGAUUGGAUGCCCAGCAGGGGUCGAUUGUGACGGCUGUCCUGAACGUUGGACAGAUUGUUGGACGGCCGCUGUUGGGAUACUAUAGCGAUGCAGUUGGGCGUAUUAAUAUUGCAACCGCUGCCACGCUUGUCAGUGGUGUUCUUUGCUUGUCCCUUUGGGUCUGUGCGAAGUCAUAUGCUGCCAUCUUGUGUUUUGCCCUCUUUGGUGGGAUCCUCUUCGGGACCUUCUGGACUGUCAUGGCCCCGCUGAGUGCCGAGGUGGUCGCUCUCAAGGAAAUCCGGUCGUGCCUGACAAUUAUGUGGCUGGUCUGCGUCCUUCCAGCAACAUUUGGCGAGGCCAUUGGCCUGGAGCUGCGAACUUCAGGAGACAGACCAUACCUCCGCACCCAGAUAUACACUGGAUUCAUGUAUAUCGGAGCGGCUCUUUGUGCCGGACUGCUGCGAGUGUGGAAGGCUCGGCGAGUUGGAAAAUUAGGGGCCGCUGGUCCGACCAAUACUCUUGACGAUACAUACUUCAUGGUCCGCGAUACGAGGCUUUGGAAGAGGGUCUGA